GCUCGGGAGAUAAAGCCAGACGGAACCACCAAGCGCUCCCAGCGCUUCUCUCGCCUGGCUGCUGCGCCCCAGCGAACGCACUCCCCGCCCCGCGGCGUUGGCGCGGAGAUCGGGGUCCGCACACUGUCCCCUCCACAGGCCAUGGGGCGUCUGGCGCUCAUUCUGCUCCUGCCACAGGUGCUGGCCACGCUGGGCGGCCUCGGGGGCUCCCGGGUCGAUGAAGCAAAGUGUAACAGGACCAGGCAAGCUAUGUGUGGUGAGAAAUGCAUCCCUGUGACCUGGCUCUGCAAUGGAGAGCAAGAGUGUCCCGAUGGGACUGAUGAGCAGUGUGAGGUACUGACAGCCUGUCCUGGCCAAAAAAUCCAGUGUCCGGGAAGUUCUCUGUGCCGUGAUGCUCGGGAGCUCUGUGAUGCCCCUGAGGACUGUGAAGAGGGUUCUUAUGAAGGCCGCUGUCCCCAGAGCCACUGCCUACCUGGGCAAUGGCAGUGCAAGAACAGGGUGUGUGUGGCAGACGGCUGGAAGUGUGAUGGCACCAACAACUGCGGGGACUCCUCCGAUGAGGACGUCUGUGCUUUCUGUCCAGAAGGCAUGGUUAGAUGUGAUGAAGGAAAAUGCAUCCUAGAAUCCCUGAUGUGUGAUGGGAAAGCAGACUGUACAGAUGGCACUGAUGAACCCACUACAUGUGGUAAAAACUGCUCUAAAAUUAAUGGGGGCUGCACCGGGCAGUGCAGUGACACAACCUGGGGUGUCCGGUGUUCCUGUGGACCUGGUUGGCAAUUACAGCAAGAUGGUCAGAACUGUGGAGAUGUAGAUGAGUGCUCUAUGGCAUACAGUCCUUGUGGUCAACUAUGUCAUAAUACACCAGGCUCAUACUCCUGCGAGUGUGUUCAAGGUUACCAGCUCUACAAUGGCACUGACUGUCAAGUUACAGAUGAUGCUGUUAAAAUUCUUACAGCAGCAGAUGGAGAACUUGGUGUCCUGAAUCACAGAACAGGCAUCUAUGAGACUCUGUUACCUAUAAAAUCAAAGCCUACAUCUAUUGCAUAUGAUCUUGAGAGAAGCAUGUACUUCUGGGUGGAUGAAGUUUUAAAUAUGUUUGUUCUUGGGAAGCUGAAAUCUGUUCCCCUCUAUCCAGAGCUUAGAGCAGUGAACAGUAUCUCCUUGGACUGGUUCACAGGACAGCUGUACUGGGCUAGCAGCUUUGCAAGGGUCAUCUGUGCUGGCUUAAGUGAUGGCAGAGGUUAUGUCAAAAUCUUGGAAAAGGAUCUUGUUCCACAACAGCUAAUAGUGUUUCCUGCAAGGAAGUACUUGUACUGGGUGAAUCAAGGUGAGAGGGACAUGAGGACUAUUGAAACUGCAGGGAUGGAUGGCUCUGAUAGGAAGGUGCUUGCAGUUGUAACCAUGGAGGAGCCGAUAGGAUUAAGUCUUGACCAUGUGACUGACAGGCUCUACUGGAUCAGCAAAUAUAAAAAGUCCAUAGAGACAGUAAAGGUGGACGGCAGGGGGAGGCAUACCUUCCCUGAGGUCUUCUUGGAGGAUGAACAUCCACUGGGACUAGUCGUAUUUGAGAACUCUUUCUUCUGGGCAAAUAAAAUACAGCUGUUCCAUACUUCACCCCGCACCCCACAAGAGAGAGUGGUGCUGCUUAAUGCCUCCAUAUCUGCUUUCUCGGUCCUCCACAAAUCCCAGCAGCCAAAGAGCAGAUACCCAGUGUGUGUUCCAGGGGCUUGUAGCCACUUGUGUCUUCUGUCUCCUGUCCGUCCCAAGGGCUACAAGUGUGUGUGUCCAGAAGGAAUGUUUCUUCUGCCUUCUGGUACAUGUAGUGAGUUAAAACUUGUGUUUUCUUCUGGCAAACAUCUCUACUUGUUGAAAGUUGGAUUUAUGGGAACUGCUAUAGAGAGAACUCUACUUCAGGAGCAUCCUUGGAAUAUCUAUUUAUUGGAUAUUGACUGGAAAAGAAACACCAUCUACUGGACAAAUGCCCAAGGAUAUCUGUUCUACUCUACUAGUUAUUCGGGAGAAAAGCAAAAAUUUGGACAGAGCAUUCAG